CUUGGCUAUGGCUCAGGUACGGCUCACGUAUUUGACAAUGGAAAACCAUCACUUUGCUGUACCGCUUGGGUACAGCUUGGUACUCGGUAGCAGUGGAAAAGCGGCAUAAAAGUCUAAAUGUGUGAUCAGGUAUCUGUGUAUUAUUUUGGUGUUAUUGUGGCACAAAUCUGAUGACCAGCCUACAGAGAACUUGAGAUAUGAGGAAGUUUUAAACUUUCUCCAGAGGUUAAUUAUUGCUUAACAAUAAGGAAGCACCUUGGAAUAACAGCCUGUGAACUUGGGAACCUCCGGUAAACAAUGAGAUGAUUCUCUACAAAGAGCAAAGCAACGGGAGGCAUAAAGCGUUUGAAAUAUGAAUAUGAAAAAGAACGUUUAAUGCAUCAUAUGAAACUAAUUACAGGUAAACCUAUAUAUUCUAACAUGGAAGUUGAAGACCGAAUAGGAAUUCUGAAAUUUGUUUUAAUUGUUAUCAGUGGCAUCUUUGUGAUACUUGGGAUGGCCAUUUUUGGAUGUGGAGCGUGGAUUUUAUUUGACAAAAGCAAUUUCAUUGCAAUUAUUAGCAAUGAGGAUUCUGUGAGAUUCCUUUCUGGGGGGUUUUUUGUUAUCGGCCUGGUCGUGGCUGCCAUCAGUCUCAUUGGGUGCCUUGGAGCAUUAAAGGAAAUCAGGUGCUUUUUAUUACUGUACAUGGCUGUUUUAAUUGUCAUCGUCUUAGGUCAAGGUUUACUCACAAUAAUUCUUCUAAUAAAAAGAAAAGAGAUUACCAGAACAUUGUCAGAAGAAGUUGAUAAAAUAAUUAUGGAUUAUGGUAAUGGAACAAACAGGGAAAUGGAAAUCAAAUGGAACAUUCUAGACAUCAUGCAGCUUUAUUGGACAUGCUGUGGAAGAACCAACUACACUCAGUGGGAAAACAACAGCUACAUAAAAUCAUGGCCAGAAUGGAAGGUGUAUCCCUGCUCAUGCUUUAACACCACUAGCUGCCCACUCCUACCCGAGGACCCCUCCCAUAGGUUUGGCAAAGGCGAAGAGGUGUUUAACAUGGGCUGCCAGACACACAUGGAGGAGUGGAUGUACCAAAAUGGACUGGUGAUGCUAGGCAUGGACUUAGGACUGGUUCUCAUUCAGGUGUUUUUGAUUGUGCUCUGUCUCUACUUGUUUCGAAGCUUGGCACAGAAAGUGAAAAGCUAGUGUGAGAAGCUCAGGGUACGGCUUCACCUGCAAGCAGCACGCUGUCCAGAGCUGGGCUGGCAGGAGCCGGCGCAACACUCGUGCUGAGAGAAGAAACACGAAAGCCGUCCUUGACAUUUCAAGUUGUAGACUUGACGUCAGUUAUUCUCCUAUUCUUUUAUCUCUUACUUUAAAUGCAAAUUUCCACUAUCUAUGAUUUAAGAAAAUGUAAUAAAGUUUAAAGAGACCCUGAAUUGGACAGUUGGGUGUACAAAAUGGAAGGAUGGAUGAUUGUUGUAUCCUCCCUUUGUGUGUCUUUUCACUUCUUGUCUGACCAAUGAUGUUCUGCCUGCUAUGUUCCAUCACUGGUUUGUUGAAUCGAUGAUAACUCCACCACACUGCCACUCAUCACCAUUCUGGAGAACAUUGCAGUGGCCUGAAUUUAUUGUUGCAGAAAAGUAUGUCCCAAUGGGCCCGUUUCAUAUUCAAGUUACUGCAAUUAUAACUGAUAAUUACAUUAGCUGGACAUUUAUCAAUGAACAUGUUUCAAACUCAAUACUCUGCUCCAUAAUAUGAUGAAAGUUCCUAAAAUAUUACACAAGGAUUAGUGUCCAAUAAAUGGUGAAAUCUGUGAUACAGUAUUUAGAUAUCACUGAGGGUUAAAAAAUAGAGGAUGGAGGAUGGGGCCCAGGCCUCUACAGUGGUGACAGCUAUUCCCAAUGCAAACCCAUGUUCAUUAAUGACGUAGAACUUGUGUUUUAAUAUGGGAAACUUCAGAUAAGCUAAAGUAAUCUGUUUGCUUUAAUUUGAAAAUAUUCAUAACUGCAUUUAACAGAUUUCUUAAAGAUUAAAGGAAAUGCUGGGAUUAUCUCCAUGCCGACUGUAUUACUACCCAUGGCAGUAUUUCUCCCCCAUGGUAACAUCCAUUCUUCUGAUAGCCUGUAUGACUCCGCUACAGUACAGCGUUUGGAUCCAGGAGCAAGAGUAGGUAUAGCUGUGUGAAUAAAAAGGAAUAAAAAUGUAAUCAUUUUUAAAGAUUGAUUGAGUAAAUUAAAUAAAACCUUGAACACAA